AUGCAGGCUCGUGGGCAGGAAACCAUAGUGGUAAUCGGAGCUGGUGUCCUUGGCCUUUCGUCGGCCUUGGAAUUGAUCGAGAAGCCCGAAACAUCCAAAUACCAGAUAGUGCUUGUGGCAGAUCACUUCUCAACAGAUCCCCCAAAUCCCGUAUACGCAACCACAAAUGCUGGUGCACAUUUUCGUCCUAUUCCUGCCACAGAUACCCAGACACAGGUGGAGAGUGAUCAUGCUGUGAGAACAUACUCACGGUUCAAGAAACUUGCUGAAGAGGAACCAGCAUUAGGCAUCAAAUUCCUGGAAGGAAUUGAGUAUGUAUCUGGACCAGCCGCUGAGAAAUAUAAGGCAAUGAAGCCGAAUUACGUGAAGCAAGAAGGGUUCCGGCUAUUAGAAGGCCCCGAAAAGCCGGCAGGUGUUGAUUUUGCCGCGAGAUAUGAGUCCUUUAUAGUCGAACCCGACACUUACUGCUUCCAUCUUUUACGGCGCUUCAGACUAAAAGGAGGUAAAAUCUUACGGCUGAGGCUGCAGUCCGUGGAAGAGGCUUUCUGUCUGGAUGGUUACAAGGUCUCGCUCGUGGUGAACUGUAGUGGAAUGGGGUUUGGGGAUCCAAAGACCUUCAUUAUUAGAGGCCAGACAUGCCUUAUUGCAGAGACUGCUACAAAAACGGUGACACAGCAAAACGCGGAUGGAACAUGGACGUUUCUGGUUCCUCGACCUCUAAAUGGUGGGACCGUCGUCGGUGGUACAAAGGAGGUAGGUGACUGGAACCCUACAGCUUCUAUAGCGGUCAGAGAGGAACUUCUACGCAAUGCUGCAAAGAUGUAUCCUGGCAUUGUCAACUCCAAGGGAGGCUUUGAUGUCAUCAAAGACAUUGUUGGCCGGCGUCCUGCACGAGAAGGAGGAAUGCGCUUGGAAGUCGAAACCCUCCCCGAUAACAGACCGGUCGUCCAUGCUUAUGGAAUCGGCGGCAGAGGUUUCGAGACCAGCUGGGGUAUAGCUGAGGAUGUUCAACGCAUGGUGACGGAGACUCUUCGAAAACGGCUGUUAGCCAGCCGUCUCUGA